ACCGUAGUAAAAAGAAUCGUUCGCGCGCUUUUAGCUCCGGUGCUCGUUCGCCUCACUUCAGUUCAUUCAAGUACAUAGAACAGUAAAGUAAUUUAUUUUGUUGCCGCGUGACUGUGGCGGUCGUGUUUUCAAGACGUUUUGUGUAGUUAAUUAUCUGUUGGAGAUUUUUGAGUGAAAAUGGUCGAUAUUCAAGCCGGUCAGAACUCUAAUGUAUUCCUCCUUGCGGGGAUUACAGUCCUAGUUUGUGCGAUAGCACACUUUAUUUACAAGCUUCUUGGAAGGAAGAACGAGGAGGCAGUUGAACAUGAAUCGGAGAAAGAUACAGGAGCUCCCGAGAAACAAGAAACCAAAUCCACAACAGCGGAACGCCCCUCAAACAGGAAGAGCAAGAAACUGGCGUCAUGGAGCGGCAAGCACGAGUUCAGCCACCCGUGGUUGCUGAAGAACCUCAAGGGCCACCCGGGCACCGUCCUCCACGUCGACUUCUCAGCCAAUGGCAAGUUCAUGGCCGCCACCUGCGAUGAUGGGUCAGUGAUCCUCUGGGAUAUCCGGGAUCUGAGCCACAACCAGCACAAGACGCUGCGUGUCAACAUCGAGUUCGACCACGCGCAGUUCGUGGCCUGGAGCCCCGACUCCAAGGCCUUCAUCGUACACACCGUCAGGGAAAACAACAUCGUCGUCUACAAGAUAGAGAAGAAGAAAGAUGGCGCUAUUGGAGCUGCCACUCAAGUUCUCGCGUUUGAAAAGGUACACGACUCAAACGUCGUUGGCUUUGGCAUAUCCAGCAACGGAAAAUUCAUGAUGUCAUGUUCCUCGAAAACUGACAUGGUAAUUUGGGAUUUGAAAGGCCAAAAACUAGACACUCUCGACACUUAUUUGAUGAGUACAUACUCUGCCAAAAUAUCUCCAUGUGGCCGUUUCGUGGUCGCCACGGGACAAGUGACGGAUAUCAAAGUCAUGGAAGUCUGCUUCACAAAGAACGGAGAGUACAAACAAGUGACAAAGGCUUACGAUCUCACCGGCCACUCGUCGGGUAUAUACGAAGUUGCCUUCGACGUGGAUACUUCGCACGUCGCCACCAUAUCGAAGGAUGGCACGUGGAAACUAUAUCAUACAAAGAUAAACUACGCCAUCGGCGAGGGUCCCCACGUGCUAGAAACGGGCCGGUACACGCAGACGGCGAACCCGCCGUGCAUCGCGCUGUCGCCCAACGCCGAAGUGCUGGCCGUGUCCGUCGACGGCUCGGUCGAGUUCUACGACACGUACACCGGCCAGCUGUACGACACCGUGGAGAACGUGUACACGGCGGGACUAAUUAAUCACAUGAAAUUCGACGCGAGCGGGAAGUACCUAUUCGUCUGCGGUGAAAAAGUGGUGAGGAUACUCCACAACGUAUGCGGGUAUCAGACUACGGUAGACAGCUGCACGCGUCUGCUGGCCACGAGGCAGACGUCGGCCACUACGGAACGGUUAAAUAAAACUAUACAAGAAUGCAAGGAAACGCUUGCAAAGUUUGGGAAGUAGAUCGGCUUUGCCAAUAUCGCCCUUGAUGACGUGUGCCAUUGCUGACGAGCAUCAGGUGAUUCGGAUGCCCAGGUUCCCAAUUUGAUUUGAGAAAGUAUCUGAAGGCUGGCUACCACGACUAACCAUACUUGUUGGCUACAGUGACAAGAUGAAUAGCAAAAUUUGACAGUUUAUUUCUACCACGACUGUGUCACUUAGGUACAGAUGUAGUGCAUAAUUUGUUUUCCAUCGUAUUUUCUCGGAAACUUUUGUAUUUGUCAUGCUACUUCAGUGAAAUACUUUUUGUACCGAGACUGGCUGAAAUAGAAAGACACGUUCGUACGUUUUCGUGAAAAUACGAUGGAAAAUAAUUAUGCACUACAUCUGUGUAAGUAGAAAAGGUAGCAAUAUAGAAACUACGUCACACUUUCACGAGUUAAACUGGGCCUUAGAACAAGUCUAACCGUGACAUCGGAGUGUAUUAGUGUGCCUGAGCAGUCGACUCGCCUGUGCUUAAAAAGCAAUUGGAAUAACGACCCAGUUCUCUUAGUCUAUUGCAUUUAUUGUCACAAAAAGUAUUUUUUAUAUAAUUUUAUUGGUAAAAAGUGUAGUGUAUUGUGUAUAUUAUGUAACUGUAUUGAUGUUAAUUUCUAAUUCAAAAACAGGUUUGAUCUCAAUUGCAUUUCAUAAUUAUAUUUUGUACUUCUUGGGAAUAAUUUAUGUUUAUUUUUUAAUUUCUCGAAAACUGGAAGAUUUCUUCAAACAUUUGAAACUGCUUUGUAAUGUGCGGCGACUAUAUAAUUGAAUCGAAUGAUCACGAGAGGCAUCAUAUUUUAUUUAAAGUUACAAUGAAAUUUAAGAUCUUCGACCGCAAUGACUUGUUUACACAGACAGUUACGGUCAUGUCUCUUGUGGUCAGCGAGAAGGUCCUUUUAUGUACAACCUACACAUAUUUUCAACUUUAAUGUAUUGAAAUAAAACUUAUUUCGUAUUUUUUGUAUAUGUAUUUAUCUCUGACAGUCCUUGUCGUACGUAUAAGUCGUGAAAAAGUUCCAAUAUAACAUUAAUCUGUUUUAAGUACUGUACAAGUGUACAAUUAUUAAGUAUUUUGGCAGACUAAAGACUAUUUUUAAAUAAAGUUGUUGUUCCUAUAAUAUAAGACCAAAAUUACCUACUCUAAUUUCUCAAUUAGCGUGCAAAUGUCUAAUAAAUAUCAUGUUUGUAUUUGCGAAUUGACUUAACUAUUAGUACGUUGAAUGACUAUUACACGCAAAUUUCACGGUUGUAUAGUUUUAUCACUGCACGAUUACUGUGCAUGAAAAAGCAGAUAUAUAAUUAUUUACUUGUUUAUUUAUUUGUUGGUUUUUAAAUACCAUAAAAUUUGAAUCUUAAUAGUUUUUCAGGGGAACGUAACACUACAGUUUGAUCGACUUCAUUGUGUAUCGAAAAUUACCUAUAAAUGUGUGACUAUUUUUUUACACAGGAACCAAAAUGUAGCUUAUUUUAACUAUGUACUGAACCCCUAACAUGAUUUUGAUAGCUUGUACGGUAUUGAAUAUUUUUAAAACGACAACUAAUUUUAGUAGCGUUCAGGUUAGUAGGUACUCUUCUGAUUUUUGCUGUUCGAAGUAGCAAUGUUUUG